AAAACAAGAGAUAAUCAGAUGAAUUAGGAAACGUCCUCUAGCGUGUUUCGAUAAAACAGCCCGAAACAAUUCAAGAGGAUCUACUACCGAAUAUCCCGUCUAGAAAAAACAUCGUUCUACCGGAAAAAUGAGAGCUUUGAUAAUCUGCCUAUUCAUCGUAGUUUCCGUCUUGUGCGUGGAAUCUUUGAAAGACGAAGAUGUCCGUAGACAAUGGCAAGAAUACAGGGAGAAAUUCAACAAGUCCUACAGAUCUCCCGUUGAGGAGUCCACACGUUUCGCCAUCUUCUGUCAUAAUCUUCAGGUGAUAGAGGCCCAUAACAAGCUGUUUGAAGAGGGAAAAACGAGCUUCAAGAUAGGAAUCAAUGAAUUCACCGAUUGGAGCGAAGAAGAGUUCAAGGAAUACGUCAGUCACAGUCUGAUAAGCGAAAAAGACAUCAUAGGUAUGUUGACAGAGGACGACGAGGUCAUUCAGAGCAAAUGGGCAGAAUUUCAGAGUAAAUACAGAAAAUCGUACAAAUCGCCAGUGGAAACCAGGAAGAGAUACUUGAUCUUCAAGAACAACUUCAUCAAGAUGCAGGAACACAACAACCUCUUCGAUCAGGGUUUGGUCAGCGAUUUGUUGGGAAUUAACCAGUUCUCUGAUUGGACUCAGGAGGAGUUCAGAGAUUUCGUGAACAAGGGAUUGAUCCCUACGGAGGAAGGAAGCAUCCUGCGGAGAUGGGGUGAUUUCAAGAGAAAAUUCAACAAGUCCUAUCCAUCAAUCACAGAGGCUGAGAAACGAUUCAACAUCUUCAAGGAGAAUGUGAGGUCUAUAGAUCAGCAUAAUGCUCUCUAUGAAGAAGGCAAAUCAACCUAUUUCAUGGGAAUCAAUCAGUUUACCGAUUGGACAAAUGAGGAAUAUAAGGAAUGGGUUCGAACGCAUUGAUUCCAAGAAUGUCGAACUGAAAGUUGUAUACAAUGUAUAAUUUAUGGAUAAAUCAAUUUGAAAUGAAAAUUUUCAUGAAAAUGUAAUUUUUGACUAAUCAGUCUUGUAUUAUUUUACAUAUUUUUAUCGCAAUAAAUCUCUUGAAAUUA